UAUAUAUAUUGAACUCAAUUGAACUAAACAAAGAUUAGUAUUACCAGAAAAAUAAUUCUCAUUUCAAGUUCGCACUUCACAUAAAAUAGCAAUUCAUUCAGUCAGUCUGACUUUUUAAUUCGGGAUUCCGGACGUUUGGUUUGGAAAUGUCAAACAAACAAAAUAGCGCAAAUUCUGUGUCUGUGUGAGACACGGACACACGGGAUUACUAAAAUCAUCUGAGAAUACUUAUUCUUCUAAUUGCAUCCGAUCGGUCUUAUAUCCCAUGUAGUUGGUGGCACGGCCACAGUAUCGUUACGCCCGGCGGUGACAACGGCAGUGACAUGAAUCCGGUCUGCUAUAAUGGGGGUGCCCACGAUAGACUCAUACAUGAGGCUGACCAGCUUAUAUCACAUAUUGAACGGGGCUCAACAAUCCUCAAGUUUUAUCCGCGCAAGCGUCCUGAACGCCGCCACUUAUCCGUGAGGAGAGAAACCCAUCAGAUUAUUUGGUCGAGAGCUGGAAUACCACAAAAGAAUGCAUACGAAGGUGCUCUCGAUAUAAGAGACAUCAAGGAAGUGAGGGUCGGUAAGGCAUCAAAACACUUCGAGCGGUGGCCGGAGGAGGCGAAGAGGCUUGAGAACUCGAAAUGUUUCACCAUCUACUACGGAGCAGAGUUCAAACUGCGAGCAGCUUCGUUUGCAGCACACACUGACAAGGAGUGUGAAGCCUGGGUGAAGGGAAUCAGGUUUCUUAUUGAGGAAGCUAUCAAUGCAUCGUACCCUCUACAAAUAGAGAGAUGGCUGCGGAAAGAGUUCUAUGCUAUAGAAAACGCUAAUGAAAAUAUCACCUUGAAGGAAGUGAAGGGUUUCCUACCUAAAAUAAAUUGCAAGAUAUCCACAAACAAACUGAGAGACUUGUUUCAAGAAGUUGACACAGACAAAAGGGGAGAAAUUGGUUUCGAUGACUUCUCAGUUUUGUACCAGAAGCUGAUUUUUGACGAAAACAAUGUUCACGAUAUCUUCGAUAAGCACUCUUUGUACUGCAAGAACGGCUCGACUAUCACUUUGCGGGAGUUCCAAAGCUUCCUACGUGUCGAACAGCAUGACAGACUGGGGGAUGACGAAGCCGUCGCUUCGCAGUUCAUCCGGGACUACUUGCGUGAUCCCCAGCGGGACAUCUAUGAACCAUAUUUUACUUUGCAUGAGUUUGUUGAGAUGCUGUUUUCAAAACAGAACACUAUCUGGGAUAGCAAACAUGAUGCUGUGACUCAGGACAUGACUAGGCCGCUGUCCCAUUACUGGAUAUCCUCAUCACAUAAUACGUAUCUAACGGGUGAUCAAUUUUCGAGCGAAUCUUCUCUGGAAGCUUACGUGCGGUGUCUGAGGUCAGGGUGUCGGUGCAUCGAGCUUGAUUGCUGGGACGGCCCUGAUGGCUCUCCUUUCAUCUAUCACGGACAUACAUUGACCACCAAAAUCAGAUUCAUGGAUGUGCUGCGCACAAUAAAAGAACACGCUUUUGUUGCAUCUGACUAUCCUCUGAUCCUCUCCAUCGAGGAUAACUGCACGCUGCCUCAACAGCGCCGCAUGGCGAGCGCCUUCCAGGAUGUCUUCGGAGACAUGCUGGUGGUUCAGCCAUUCGAAAAGAAUGAAACCGCUCUACCCUCGCCUGAAGAUCUCCGCAGGAAAAUUGUGUUGAAGCAUAAAAAGUUGCCUGAAGGAGCUGAGGAAAAUUCUUUCGCAGUUCGUCAAGAAGAAGGGAAAGAUUUGGAUCUGAGAAAUUCUAUUAAAAAUGGGAUCUUGUUACUAGAAGAUCCUGUCGACAAGGAGUGGAAUCCACAUGCUUUCGUGCUGACUGAGACAAAGCUUUAUUAUACGGAGCAUUACAGCACUCAAGCUGAGGCCGACGCAGAGAGCGACGGGGAGGCCGAUGUCGAAGCGUCCAGCGUGCCGCAAGACGAACUGCACUUCGGCGAGUGUUGGUUCCACGGCAAGCUGGCUGGAAACAGACAGGAGGCCGAAGAACUCCUGAGGGGUCAUGCACAUCUCGGUGACGGAACAUUUUUAGUCCGAGAGAGCGUUACCUUUGUGGGCGACUACUGUUUGUCCUUUUGGCGCCAGGGCAAGGUGAACCACUGCCGCAUCAAGCUGAAGCAAGACCGCGGCGUCACCAAGUAUUAUCUGAUUGACACCGUGUGCUUUGAUAGCCUUUAUAGUCUAAUUACACACUAUAGGCAGCAUCCUUUACGAAGCCAGGAGUUUCUGAUAACAUUAAAAGAGCCAGUGCCGCAGCCGAACAAACAUGAGGAUAAGGAGUGGUUUCACCCGUUUUGUACGAGGGCUCAAGCUGAAGAGUUGUUGCGUAAAGCGAACACCGACGGCGCCUUUCUUGUGAGGCCCAGUGAAAAGGAUCAGUCUUCAUUCGCGAUCAGUUUCAGGACGGAAAGGGAGAUCAAGCAUUGCCGAAUCAAGCUGGAAGGCCGACUGUACACGAUCGGAACUGUUCGCUUCGAGAGUCUGGUAGAACUUGUCAACUACUAUGAAAAGAACCCCUUGUAUAAGAAGGUCAAACUUUGGUUCCCUAUCAGCGAAGAUAUUGUUAGACGCAUUAUAGCUGAGCCGGAUGACAACUCGGUUUACGGGACUCCUGGGUACAUGGACCCAACAGCCUUCACUUCUAAGGUGACGGUGAAAGCUCUAUACGAUUACCGAGCGCGUCAAGACGACGAGUUGUCUUUCUGCAAGCAAGCCAUUAUCACUAACGUGGAUAAGCCCGACGAAGGUUGGUGGCGAGGCGACUACGGCGGCAAGAAACACCACUGGUUCCCAGCCAACUAUGUGCAGGAAAUUGAGGUUCCGCACAUUUCUGAGGUCCCUGGUCUCGAGAACGAAACGGCAGCUUUGGGCUCAUUACAGAAGGGCGUGGUAGAUGUAUUAGGCGCCGUGGUGGAACUCGUGGUUGGAGAGGAGAGUGGGUCGGCGCGUUGGCUCGUCAGGAUACAGAGCCCUCAGAUGUGCGCGCCCUUCGACAUGGCCGCGCCCACUCGGGAGAUAGCCCUCGAGUGGCUCUCCGCUAUCAAGGAGGCCGCAUACAGCGCCAGUGCUCGCUCUCUACAACACAGGAAAAUGGAACGCACAUGGAGAAUCGCCAAAGAAAUGUCCGACCUCAUCGUCUACUGCCGCUCGGUCACAUUCAACCAAGACCGCAUCCGCACGAAGGGCUUCAUAUUCAACGAGAUGUCCUCCUUCCCUGAAACCAAAGCUGAGCGGCUGAUGUGCCAGCAGGAGACGCCAUUCUUCCUCAAGUACCACACGAAGCAACUGAGCCGCAUCUACCCCAAAGGGCAGAGGAUUGAUUCGUCGAACUACAAUCCCGUUCCAUUUUGGAACUCGGGCUCUCAGAUGGUCGCUCUGAACUACCAGACUCCUGAUAAGCCGAUGCAGAUUAACAUGGCCAAAUUCAAGGAGAAUGGAGGGUGCGGUUAUGUGUUGAAGCCGGACUUCAUGUUCGAAGAGACAUACAAUCCGUAUGUGAAGAAGAGUAUUGAGAAGAAGGUGAAGCCAAUGAUAGUGAUGCUGCGCCUGAUCGGGGCGCGACACCUUAUCAAGACGGGGCGCGGGACCACCAGUCCCUCCGUCGAAGUUGAGAUUAUUGGAGCUGAGUAUGACUCGAGCGUUAAGCUCGUUACCAAGACUGUCGCCGACAAUGGACUGAACCCAGUGUGGAACGACAUCUGCGAGUUUGAGAUUGCAAACCCGGACCUGGCGGUUAUCCGGUUCCUUGUGCAAGACGAGGAUAUGUUCGGAGACAGGAACUUCAUCGGUCAGGCGGCGUUCCCCGUCACCUGCCUGCGUUCCGGCUACAGGAGUGUACCUCUCACCAACGGCUUCUCUGAGGAACUGGAGCUCUCCUCGCUACUCGUACAUAUAUCCUUCAUCACGAGCAAAUAGAUCAAUUAGCACAGCUCGCCGAUGCUACUUCUAACCAAAAAUUAACAGGUUAUACGUAAUGGUAAAUCGAAUCUAGUUCUAAUACGAAUGGAAUCUGAGAGGCAAAUCUUAUUUAUCCACAAAAUAUUUUCUAAUAUUAUACUUAUUUAAAAUUUUCAUAGUAUACAUUUACAAAUAUUAUACUUCUACACUGAUCUAUCUUUCCUGGAAUCAUAUACAUUUUAUUGAUGUAGUAGUGUUAAUCAAAUUAUAAUGUAUUGAUGUGGCUUUAGAUGGUAUCUUCUGAAACUUUAAUGUUCAGAAACUUGAUAAAAACAAAUAUCUAACUUUUACACAUGUUGAAGAUAGAACGAAGGUUAAGAAACCACUAUUUUGCUCGAAUAUUUGGAUAUACAUAUUUAUUCUCGAAGUUUUGUGUACCUCUUAUCUCUAUUUAUUUGUUAACAAAGAGAAGAAAUAGGUGAUACGGUGGCUCUUUGCCGCACCAACACAUGAAAAUAUAUAAAUUGCAAUAUUCUGUAUCCUGUUCUUUAUUACGAAGGAAGUAAAAGUCUGUAGUAGUUAGAAUUGAAAAGUGAGAAUACUGUGCCUAACAAGCUAACGUAUUAAAUCGAUGUAGACGUGACCCUCAUUAAUUAAUCGUUAAGAACGCACUAUCGAAGCGAAGUAUAACUGUAUAACUAUUGUAUUUAAUGAAUAACUCCCAAAACAGAAAGCUUUUUAUACAAACGUGAGUAUAACUCUCGUAUUUUUAACCCUAAAGUGAAAAUUGAAACUUUAUCAGGUUUCGUGUUAUUAUAUGUCAGGUCUGCUUACAGCAAAUAAUUUUAACAAAAACGUGCGUCACACGUUUGAAAAAGCACCCGCUCUGGGGUUUAGGAUAAUAUGCAAGUAAAAUGAAAUUAUUUGUAAUCUAAUGAAAGAAACCCCGUCAUUUCAUUUGGAUAGGAUAAUGAGGAUGAGGAUUUUCAAAUUUAUACAUUUGUAUAUUUUGUGCACGACAAUCCCAUUAGAGGAGAGAUUUACUCCAGUAGGCAUAUAGAAAACGGGUCAUGUCUACAUUUUGGUAGAGUGUGUUCAAGGAAUGCAUAAUAUGAGCUUACUGAGACUGAUUUUUAGUAAGUAACAGAAGAAUGGAAUUGUAAAGUCAAAUAAACGCAACAAAUGAAACAUUAGUGAGAAACAAAAUAUUAUUAGAUCUUAAACAUUGAAAGGAACUCUUUCUCAAUAUUGUUUAAAAUCAUUUUUACACAAUCAUCACAAUUUUAUGCAUUUUUACUAGGCGGUUAAUACAUAGAUAUAUUUCAAUCUUUUAGCAUAAUAUUAACAUUUAUGGGAAUGCGAUAUAACCGGGUUAGAAUGUGGUUUUUAUGCGUGCCAAAUAUCUUUCACAUGCAAUUAGCCUGCUCUGCACAAUUUAUGAACAAAAUAAUAUUGAAAAGCAUGCCUACGUAAUAUUUUAUUGUUAUUAUAGAUAGGAUAUAAUCCAAAUUUUAAUGUUUCAUUGAUGUUUGUCAUGAUAUAUUUAAUUAUACCAUAUAAAUAUGCUUUGUUGACGUACUGGAUACGGUAGUUAAAUUCUAAUGAUCUUAAAAAAAAUUGCUUAACAUCAUCCCAGAGAUACGAAAAUUCAAUGAAUUUUCAAAGUUUUAUCUAUCGUUGUCUCACGAUAGCGACCUUUAUUUGUUAUUUAUCGGAAUACCGUUUGGCCUCUAAAAUAUCUCAUUGUCUUUUACUUACUUUGUAUGUUUGCAAGGCAUUUUAAUGAACACUAUUAAACCCAUACAAUACAUGUUACUAUACGUACAUUUUAUAUAGUUUGUAAGUGUUUAAUGUAGUUGUAGAAGUAGUAGACUUUUGAAUAGUAUAUUAAUCACAAAAUAGCGCACAAGUAUAUAACUGACGAGACUGGAUGUAUAGGUUAACAAGAUAUCUGUGAAAUGGGUUACAUACACAAGACCAAGGAGUAUUUAACACACUAUCAAAAAUUUACCCUAAAAUUGGGCGAAACUUUUUUUUAAUUACAAGGCCUGUCUUAUCCCUGCGGUUAAUCAAAAUUCAGAAUUAGUUAAUUUGUUUUUUGUUUCAUUUACCCCAGUUACGUUUUGUGGUGCUAUUCGUUGGUGCAGUUUCAAUUUUAUCUCACUUUUGUUAGACUCUCAUGUGCUCUCUCGCGUACAGAACCCGAUAGUAGUUUAAUUUGCAGAUCUAAUAUUGUGCAAUUAGCCAUUUCACAGAAAUCUUGGGUGGUAUAGCAUGUUAGAAUAUUACGUAUUCAAGUUACGUGCCAGUUUACAAUUUGAAUGUGUUGUGUUUUAUAUUACAAUCAACGUUAAAUAAGCGACCAGCAUUGCACGGCCCUUUGAAUCUCUAUAUUUUUGUGUAAGCUGUAUAAAAUUGUUUGGUUAUAAUGUGAAUUGAAUAUUAUAAUUGACAAUUGGAUAAUAACAAACUUAUUACAGUACGUGGUCUUAAAAAGUAGCGAGUUUAGUACUAGGUUUAGAGCAAUAUUUUUGUUCUAUAUGAUGGAUUUACCUAGUACUAAAGCCGGUACUUUUUUAGGACCAUGUUUUAUAAUAAGGUGGUUCUACAGGGUGUUCUAAAAGCUGACGUCAAACUUAAGAUGUAGAUUCCCCGUUAAUAGGAGCACAUGAUACCCCAUGUACGUUACCUCAUUUUUAAUGGCGUGUAUGCGUUUUUGCAGCUAAAACAUCAAUUUCACUUUCACGCCAAAAUGCCUGAUUGGAUGUUGAUAAAAUUUGAUAUGGAAGAAGUAAGGCAUAAUAAAAUAGUUUUUUUUUUUUAUACGACCAGAGUUGUUCUUUUCCAUUGGGUAAAAAGCCCGCACAGGAAAAAAAAUGUUAGUUAAAAAAAUUCAGAAUUAUCCUUGACAUCUGAUUAAUUGUUUCGAAUUGUUUCCGCAACUUGUAAAAGUCUGUCUAUGAUUGUUUUUAGCUCGCUUUUAUAUUGGUUAUUUUGACAUUGAUUUUAAUUUUCGUACAUAGCACAUAAUUUUGUAGCCUGAAAAUAAAGGAAUUUCAAUUUGAUUUGAAAAAGUAGGUAGUUCAAACUAUAUCUCUUUAAGCGUAGGCGCACACAUUCGGUUUCCGGAUUCGGUUUCCUGAUCAGGAAUUCAGAUUCGGAAAAUGAAAUGCUCUUUUUUCGUACAAAAUGUUCACAAGAGCGCACGCGUUCUUACUUUUUCCUUUCUCAGUGCGUUCAGAUAGCCAGAACCGGAACGUGUGCGCUAGUGUCACGGAAUCUCGAAUCGGAAUACCUGAUCGGGAAACCGAAUGUGUGCGUUCAGACUUGAUAGAUUCUCUGGGCUGCAGAAGACUAGUUGAUUGUAGGAAAAACACAUCCACAUUACACGGUGGUAACUAUUAAAAAUACAUACUAUUAAUUGACUAAGAUAUAGUAUUGAAUUAUACAAAUUCAUUUUGCAUUUAUAUAAAUUUUAUAGUUAUAAUAAAAGUAUUGUAAUCGAAUGAAAUGAUCUUAUUACUAUAAUAUGGAUUGAGGGCCUAGCUCUAAUUAAUUUAAAUUAUUACAAUCCGGCACACAUCGUUAAUCGAAGAACACGAGGUAUUUUUCAAAACUAGUGCUAGGCCCUCAAGAACAUUUAUGUUUUAUUGGUCUCCAGAGAUAAAUGUUUAAAUAUUGAUGUCAUCUUGUUGUCAAUGUAAAAAAAUAAAACUCACAACUGUGA